UUAACAUUCUAAUAAUAUUUCAGAAUUUUUACUGCAUUUUUGGAUCAAAUAAAGGCAGCCUUUGUGAGCAGAAGAGACUUCUUUGAGAAGAGCUUAUAUCUGGAGGUGUGUGCUGCUCUGGGUAUCUGAGUGAAGAUCAGCGUGUGUGUGUGUGUGUGAGUGUGUGUGUGUGUGUGUGUGUGUGAUUGCCGUCGUUCCUGUCGGUCCGGUCUCAUUCCUGACCCGUGGUUCUCCUCCGUUCUCUCGACCGUCUGUCUGUUCUCAUCAUGGCUCUGUGGAAGAGAAAGCUGCAGAUCUCCACCAGACGGAAGAGGAAAGCUCCUCCUGAAGCAGAGAAGACAGAGGUGCUGAGUGAAGAUCUGCUGCAGGUGGAGAAGCGUCUGGAGCUGGUAAAGCAGGUGUCUCACAGCACUCAUAAGAAGCUGACCGCGUGUCUUCAGGGUCAGCAGGGUGUGGACGUGGACAAGCGGUCGGUUCGCUCACCUUCAAAGAAGCUUCCUCUGACGUCUCUGGCUCAGUGUCUGGUCGAAGGAGCUGCGAUUCUGGGAGACGAUUCUCUGCUGGGGAAGAUGCUGAAGAUCUGUGGAGAGACACAGGAUAGACUCGCUCAAGAACUUCUGCUGUUUGAGCUCCAGAUCGAGAGAGACGUCGUUGAGCCGCUCUACACUCUCUCUGAGGUUGAAAUUCCCAACAUUCAGAAGCAGAGAAAACAUUUAGCCAAACUGGUCCUGGACAUGGAUUCAGCUCGAACACGGUGGCACCAGUCGUCCAAAUCCUCAACUCUGACCAAUAAAGACACGCCCACCGGGGCCAAAGCCGACGCCCUCAGGGAGGAGAUGGAGGAGGCGGCCAAUCGCAUGGAGAUCUGUAGAGAUCAGCUCUCGGCGGACAUGUACAGUUUCGUGGCCAAAGAAAUGGACUAUGCAAACUACUUCCAGACGCUCAUCGAGGUCCAGGCCGAGUACCACAGGAAGUCUUUGGAGCUGCUUCAGAAUGUUCUGCCACAAAUUAAAGCGCAGCAGGAGUCGUGGGUGGAGAAGCCGUGCUUCGGGAAACCUCUAGAGGAGCAUCUGACUCUGAGCGGGAGAGAAAUCGCCUUCCCCAUCGAGGCGUGUGUGACCAUGCUGCUGGACUGCGGCCUUCAGGAGGAGGGUUUGUUUCGAGUCGCACCGUCUGCCUCGAAGCUGAAGAAGCUGAAGGCGUCGCUGGACUGCGGUGUGCUGGACUUCCAGGAAUAUUCAGCAGAUCCGCACGCCAUCGCAGGUGCUCUGAAAUCCUACCUGCGCGAGCUGCCCGAACCCCUGCUGACCUUUGACCUGUAUGACGACUGGAUUCAGUCAUCGAAUGUUGCGGAUCAGGACAAGCGUCUGCAGGCGUUGUUAUCAACAUGUGAGAAACUUCCUACAGCAAACAGCAACAACUUCAAGUAUUUGAUAAAAUUUCUUGCCAAGAUGAAUGAGUAUCAGGAUUACAAUAAAAUGACGCCAGGAAACAUUGCCAUCGUUCUCGGGCCAAACCUGCUGUGGGCGCAUACAGAGGGGAACAUCACAGAGAUGAUGACCACAGUCUCGCUGCAGAUCGUGGGGAUCAUUGAGCCCAUUAUCCAGCACGCUGACUGGUUCUUCCCCGGAGAGAUGGAGUUUAACGUGACGGGGAACUACGGCAGUCCCGUUCACACCAAUCACAACGCUAACUACAGCUCCAUGCCGUCGCCGGACCUCGACCAAUCGGAUCGCAGGCAGCAGGACCAGAGCCGACGCCCACUCAGCGUCGCCACCGACAACAUGAUGCUGGAGUUCUACAAGAAAGACGGCAUUAGGAAGAUCCAGAGUAUGGGAGUUCGAGUGAUGGACACCUCCUGGGUUUCUCGGAGAGGCUCCUCCUCAUCUCGGAAGAGCUCCUCGACUCCGCCCAGCGUUCAGCCGCAGCCCUCUGAUUCGCUGAACCCCGAGCAGCCGGCCGAUCUCUCCACCUCCCCCUCACAGACUCCGCCCCCCAUCAGCGCUGAUAGGUACAGCAGUCAGAAGAGCAAGGAGCCGUCUCCUGUGAUUGGUCAGAGAGUUUCUCCCACGACUCCCUCUGCUGGACAGAACCAGCUCUCAGACCAGAGUCCUCACACGCUGCGUAAAGUUUCCAAGAAGCUGGCCCCGAUCCCUCCCAAGGGCCCGUACUCUCCGUCGGGCUGCGUGUCGGAUCUGUCCCCGGGUCCGUCUCCGGUCAGCCUGUCCCCGACGCCCCCCAGCACCCCGUCCUCGUACAGCUUCAGUUACCCUCAGAGCUCGGUCCUCACGUCUCCGGGACACAACCACAGCCAGACGCUCGGCGGGACGCUGCCCAAAUCACGGCCCAAACCCCCCCGGCAGAGACCCAGCCUGCCCCCCCCACAGCCGCCGCCGCCGCUGGACGCCCUGUCCGCCGCCGAGAGCAUGUCUACAGACUCGUGGUGUGAUUUGGACGUUCCUAUAAUAAGCGUGGAGCUGGACGGGAGAUACGGGAACUCUGUGGAUCUUCUGGAGUCGGAGGAGGAGGAGGAGGAGUCGGAGAGCACCGCCCUUUGAUUACCCACAAUCCUUCACUCCCCCCUUCCCCGCACAGAGGACCUUGUAUAGUCCGUGUGAUCCUCUGCACUGACCCACAGACAGGAUCUGAAGCGCCGGUCUCGUCUUCUUUGUGUUUUUUUUAUGUAUUUGCGGUUUUUCCAUGUGGUUUGUUUUCUAUUUGCCUUAUCUGAGUUCUUGCACUUUUGCCUUGAGGUUUGUGCGCCGUGUGUUCUGGGUGUAGGAACAAACGCAGCGAAACCUCAUCGUGUCUAAACCCAGACUAGCAUUCAGCGACUACACAAACAGACCCAGUCCGCUCGUCCCUGUGUGUUUGGUGAAUGUGAGCCUUCGUUUCAGACGGGCAGAAAGUUUGGGGUUAGUAAGAUUUUGAGUCUCUUCUGCUCAAAAAAUACAGUAAAUAUUAUUAACAGUGACUUCAAAAACGCUGUGAAUAUUUCCAGCACCAUCACUCCAGUCUUUAGCGUCACACGCUCCUUCAGAGACCGUAAUAAUAUCCCGAUUUCCAAAACUAUUUGGGAUUAUUAUCAGUGUUAAAAACAGUCGUGCUGCACAGUAUUUUUGUGGAAACUGGUGCAUUUUAUUUUUCAGGGUUCACGGAUGAAUAGUAAGUUGAAAAGAAGGCCUUUGGUCAGUUUAGCGUGUCCUCGCUUUUUCCAAAAAAUACGAAUCUUACUGAGCCCAAACUUUUCAGUAGUCGUGUGAAUCGAAAAGUUCACGCCGGGAAAAAACUCAGCGCGAGAUGAAGUAAAGUAAAGUGUGUUUGUACUGACAUCAGACCUCUGUAAAAAUUAAAGAAGUAUAUCACAGAAAAUAUCAAACCUAAAACAGAUAUAAAUGAUUUAUAUUUACAUUAACAUUAAUAUGACUGUGCUUACUGAGCAGAAAACAGCAAGGGCAGUUUAUGAAUGUGUUCAUUUCAAUCAGGACCAUCCUUAUGAUCGAUUACUGGAUUUAAAAUAGUUUUGUGUGUGUGUGUGUGUGUGUACACACACACACACACACACACACACACAUUAGGAAUAAUUUAACGCAUUAGCUAGUAAAUAAAUAUACUGAAAACACAGCUUCAUAAUCCCACAUCGACAGAUAUGGUCUUAUAUUUUUAAAUGAUGUAUUAUAAGAGUAUUUUACGCAUCAGACCACUGCAAUAAAACAUAGUAGCAGAUAUUGUAGACAUGUCGUGCAUCAUAAAAGGAAAAACACCAUGGAAAUGAGGUGUAAAGGUCAAAGGUCAUCGUCUAACCGGCCCUAAAUGAUUCAAAACUCUCCUCUAUUAGACACAUCACGCAUUCGGGGGUUAAAACCGCCUGAUAUUUCCAGGCUUUCCGUGAUUUUGGGGCCGAAUGAUCAAUAAUCCAUCACAAAGCCUGCUGUAAGUGUUAGCAUGUGCUCAUGCUGUUCUCUCUCCGCUGUACAUAGUCUAUAGGAGCAAAGGUCAAAUAUUUAUCAGUCUCUCUCUAUAUAAACAUAUACAUGUAUAUAAACAAAACAGACAUUAUUUUUGCUUCAGACACAACUCCGGUCCGUGUAAAUACUCGAUGCAGCGCCGCGGUUCCUGUGAAGGUCUCUGACGACGGGAGAACGCUCCGGUGUGUCUGCUGGAGAGUCAACCGAAAAAGAGCUCCGGAUUGCGACAGAGAUUAAACCGAAGUCACACGUUUACCUCUUACGAAUGCUUGCUGUGUGCCAGAGUCUGAAAGCGGGACUUUAAAGUCCUCCUGACGUGAAUGUGCGUGUCGAGUGAGUUAUCGUCAGUCUUCGUGGAUUUCACCUCCAUUGUUUUCCAUCUCAAACUAAAUUUGACUUCAGGUGACGCAUGCAUCCAGAAGGAUACCAGUAGAUCAGGGAAACGGUGUAGCCAGUCUAAAAUGCAACGUGUAAAGAGUCUAUAAACGUGUUUUUUUAGGCGUUUUCGCAGCUUUGAUUUGCUUUGUCCUAGAGCGGGAAGGCAGAGGCGUCUUCACAUGUUCGUGGAUCUGAACGUGCUUCUCGUAUCUCGAUGCGGUGGUUUUGUAGUUUCGUUGGCCGAGGCUCGCUUUUAUAUAUCAUGGGGGUUUUAUCAGCACAAGCCCGUUGAACAACGCCGCCGGACCUGACCCCGCUAGCUAACAUCAGAAGUAGAUUUAAUACGUCACAAACAAACACGCGAGGAUCGGGAAAUGUUGUUGAAGUGCAUUUGGAAAAUGAUGUCUUAACUAGAUGUUUGUAAAUCUGCCGCAUGCUUCUGCGUUCAUCACCUACGAUGUAACCUUCGUCUUAAAAAACACUUUUAAUGCAUUCUAUUAUAGCUUUGUGGCAAGAACAGAAAUACCCAGGUAACGCAGAUGCUCCAGCUCACAAUAUCGGCUGCUAACGGGAAGCAUUAAGAUGCGUGAGAGAGCGACUUUAAAGGGAUAUUCCCCGGCCUGGAUGCUCUGCAGUGAAUGGGUGCCGUCAGAAUGAGAGUCACAAUAACACAGGCCAUCGGUUCAUGUCUGGAGAGGUUUAAUGAUCUAAUUAAGUCCAUAAUAACACUUCCUCCGGGGAAAAAGAGAUCUGUUCUGAAUCCUGCACCGUUUAACAAGACUAAGCGGUUGCUGGAUUUAGACUUUUUCACUGGAGGAAGUGUCAUUAUUAAUAAAAAAAAAUGAUUAAAUGAUGUAUUUUUAACGAAAUCAUCUCGUCUUCUCCUGUGUGUUAUUGUGACGUGUCUGUGACGGCACCCAUUCACAUCCGCCGCUCAGACGUUUCUCUAAAUCGUCCUAAUCCGAGGUCGAGCGCUUUUCAUUUCCGGGUAAACUAUUCCUUUAAAGCAGGGGUGUCCUAACUGGGUCCCGGAGGGCCGGUGUCCUGCAGAGUUUAGAUGCAACCCUAAUUAAACACACCUGAUCCAGCUAAUCAAGUACUUCAGACGUGCAUAGUAUAUGUGUUUUAGCAGGGUCGAAUCUAAACUCUGCAGGACACCGGCCCUCAAGGACCCAGUUUGGACACCCCUGCUUUAAACCAUGCAUUUUCGCGCGAAUAUCCAAGACCUCUCAUCGCAAAUAACAGUUCUUUCCUCACCGCCUCACGUAUAUCUGAUCAGUAUCACUUAGCAGACUAGUUAAAGUCUGGUUGACCACCUGACCAGCCGGUGUAUCCGCGUGUGCUGGACGUUUACUGCUGCAUGCUCUUUCACCGUCCUGUCCGGUUCUCAUUGACUUACUCUUAGCGAUGGGUUUCACGAUCCAUUUACACUUGAAUAAACGGGGGCCAAAUAAACAGAGCGUCAUUUCCUCAGAGACUUCUUUUUUUUUUUACAUUUUGUGUUUUAUAUGAAGAGGCCCUGUGUGUCAAAAUGUGUGUUUUAAAUGGAAAACUGGAAUAAUUUGAGAUGGGAUGUUCAAAAUCUCAUUAAAGAAGCUUAAAGAACAACGUCCUUCAUCAGAAUGUGAUCUCGAUAAUAAAACCAUUUUUAAUUACCUA